AUGUAUAGAAAUCAACUCUCACUACCUAAAUAUGUAGAACCCAUAAUUCCUAAUAGCUCUCUUUAUGAAUAUUAUAAAGCCAAUAAUACAAAAUCAAUUAGAAAGAAUGUUUCACAAUAUGGGUCUUCUAGUAUCAAUGACGACGUUGAGCGAGACGAGAAAAUGCAAACUUCUAAUCACAUGACAAACGCGAUGGGUAGUGAUAAUGACAAUAUAAUUUGUCCUGAAGAUGAGAAGAUUGUAAGUGAUGAAGAUAUCGACAUUGAAAAUAUAAGCGAAGUGUCU